AUGGCUGCACCAACUCCGAAUCCAUUUGACUUUAUUGUUGUGGGUGGUGGAACCGCAGGGAAUGUCGUUGCAGGCAGAUUAGCAGAGAAUCCUGGCGUGAAGAUACUCGUGAUUGAAGCUGGAAUUGGUAAUCCAGACGAUAUCCCGGAGAUUACAACGCCUGCUCGCGCAUUUGAACUCCGAAACAGCAAGUAUGACUGGUCCUAUCAGACGACCUUCGUCGAUAGACCUGAUUACGAGCGCGUUGAAAAGCCAAAUACCCGUGGAAAGGUCCUUGGUGGGAGUAGCAGCUUGAAUUAUUUCACCUGGAUUCGUGGUAGUAGGGAAACAUUUGAUGCGUGGCAAGAGUACGGUGGGGAUGAAUGGACAUGGGAAAAGUGCAAACAAUAUUUCCAGAAGCCAGCUUCAUAUCAUGAUGAUGAAAGGGUGUACGAUCCGCACUUUUCCAAAAUCGCACACGAGGGUCCACUACAUAUUUCCCAUGCAAAUCUGCUCCCAGAAACUUCCCGUUUCCGAGAUGCUUUAAUACAGGCAUGGACUAGCAAGGGUCAUGAAUUGAAAGAAGACAUCUACAAUGGCAGAUUGGGGGGUCUGACCCACUGUGUCAGUACGGUCUAUGACGGGGUCCGGUCAAGCAGUGCAGUAUAUGUGACUGGGAAAGACAACGUGGAGAUAAUGCAUUCCACCGUCGCGACAAAGAUCAACUUUGAAGGUGAUACAGCAGUGAGCGUGACUGUUAUCGGAACAGAUCACAACGAGACCACACUAAAAGCAAAAAACGAGAUCAUCAUCGCAGGAGGAGUUUUCGAAACACCCAAACUAUUGCUUCUUUCCGGCAUCGGUCCCAGACGUGAGCUGGCUCGUCAUGGAAUUGAUCCUGUGAUAACGUCCGAGCAUGUGGGCGAGCAUCUCCUCGACCAUCCCAUUCUUCCACACGUUUUUAGACUGAAGGAUGGCCUGGGUCUGGACCAUAUUCUCCUCCGAGAAGGAACUGACCACGACGCUGCCGUGACACAGUACAAGAAGGAUAAAACAGGUCCACUCUCUAGUGGCCUCCUUGAGAUGAUAGCAUUCCCACGCAUCGACGGGCAACUCGAAGACCAUGAGAUGUAUCGCAAAGCCAAGACAAAUAAUAGAGGCAAAGAUCCUUUCGGACCUGAAGGUCAACCUCAUUUUGAGAUCGACUUUAUUCCCAUGUUUUGCGAUGCUUUUCAGUGGCAUUUCGAUAUGCCACCCGAGGGAGACUGGCUAACCGUCGUAGUUGACCUCCUUCAUCCACAGUCAAAGGGCGGGCAUGUCAGACUCAAUUCGAUCGAUCCACGUGAACAACCCGACAUAAAUCUCAACUACUUUACCGACGAACUGGACAUCCUCGCGUUGAGAGAGGGGGUUCGGUUUGUUGAUGAUAUCCUUAUGAACGGGGAUGGAAUGAAAGAGAUCAUUGCUGAGGAUUUUCCGUGGCCCAUGUCCCGUGAGUCAGACGAAGAGAUGGAUCGCCUUAUUCUGGAUCGGGCGCAGACUGGAUAUCAUCCCUGUGGCACUGCCCGACUGUCUCACGACAUUGACCAAGGUGUGGUGGACUCUGAGCUGAGGGUCCAUGGGGCCAAGAGGCUUCGCAUUGUUGAUGCCUCCAUCAUUCCAGUCAUUCCGGACUGCCGGAUCCAGAAUGCUGUCUACAUGAUUGGAGAAAAGGGUGCCGACAUAAUCAAAGCAGCUUAUCCAGAGCUCUAUAAAUGA